GAGAGGACCUGAACGGAGGAGCUGAUAAAUGAUAGAUGAAGAAGGAGAGAGCUGAGGAUGCAGGUUUGGUCUGAAACACAACCACCCGUCGACUGGUCUCGUAGCAUCGCCCACACAGCAAAGAGACGCUAAAACCCGAAGGACGGUCCAACUUCCACUAGCCCUCAGCAGCCGAGGAGAUGUAUCCCCAAAAGGUCUGAUUCAGACAUCUCUUCAGAGGAGCAUCCCGCCCGAAGAAUUCACUCCGACAGGCACCCUGAUACAAGCCAUGAUGCUCGGAUCUCUCAGAUAUGGGACAGCAGUUGGAUUGAUAUUACUAAACUCGCUGGUUCAUGCAACACAAGCCACGGAGGAAGGGAUCUUUACAAAUCAUCUCUUGGUUCAAUUGCAUGAAGGCGCACACGAUGAAGCGCACCAACUUGCAACGGAGCACGGGUUUCAAAGCUCCAGGAAGCUUCCCUUUGGAGAGGGCCUUUUUCACUUCUACCCCCAGGACACCCCUCAGAGGAGGAGCAAACGCAGCCUUCGCCACAGACAGCGUCUGGAGAAAGACCGCAGGGUAAAGAAUGUGUUGGACCAGGAGGGCUUCGGCCGACAGAAGCGAGGCUACAGAAGCAUCAACGAAAUUGACGUCAAAAUUACCGACCCCCUAUUCAGCAAACAGUGGUAUCUGAUCAACACGGGCCAGGCUGAUGGGACCCCCGGACUGGACCUCAAUGUGGCUGAGGCUUGGGGACUGGGCUACACCGGGAGAGGCAUCACCAUAGCCAUCAUGGACGAUGGGAUCGACUAUCUCCACCCAGAUCUUGCAUCAAACUACAACGCCGAGGCCAGCUAUGACUUCAGCAGCAAUGACCCGUACCCAUACCCCCGCUACACUGACGACUGGUUUAACAGUCAUGGAACAAGGUGUGCUGGUGAGGUGUCUGCAGCAGCCAACAACAACAUCUGUGGAGUGGGAGUGGCCUACAACUCUAAGGUGGCAGGUAUCCGCAUGCUAGACCAACCCUUCAUGACGGACAUCAUCGAGGCAUCGUCCAUCAGCCACAUGCCCCAGGUCAUUGACAUCUACAGUGCCAGUUGGGGGCCCACCGAUGACGGCAAGACUGUAGACGGACCCCGAGAGCUCACUCUGCAGGCCAUGGCUGACGGAGUCAACAAGGGCCGAGGAGGGAAAGGCAGUAUCUACGUGUGGGCAUCUGGAGACGGCGGUAGCUAUGACGACUGUAACUGUGACGGUUACGCCUCCAGCAUGUGGACCAUCUCCAUCAACUCAGCCAUCAACGAUGGCCGUACGGCUCUGUACGAUGAGAGCUGCUCCUCCACCCUCGCAUCCACCUUCAGCAAUGGGCGCAAGAGGAACCCUGAAGCUGGCGUGGCCACCACAGACCUAUAUGGAAACUGCACCCUGCGCCACUCUGGAACAUCAGCAGCAGCUCCUGAAGCAGCCGGAGUGUUUGCCUUGGCAUUGGAGGCCAACCCCAACCUGACGUGGAGGGACAUGCAGCACCUCUCUGUGCUGACCUCCAAGAGGAACCAGCUUCAUGACGAGGUGCACCAGUGGCGGAGGAACGGCGUGGGCCUGGAGUUCAACCACCUGUUUGGUUACGGUGUGCUGGACGCUGGCGGCAUGGUCAAGAUGGCCAAGGAGUGGAAGACCGUCCCUGAGCGUUUUCACUGCGUGGCUGGAUCAUUGCAGGAUGUCCAUAAGAUCCAGUCGGGUGACAAACUGAUCCUGGCCAUCUCCACUGACUCCUGCCAGGGGAAGGACAACUUUGUCCGCUACCUGGAGCAUGUUCAGGCCGUGAUCACUGUCAAUGGCAGUCGCCGUGGGGACCUCAACAUCAACAUGACCUCCCCCAUGGGCACCAAGUCCAUCCUACUAAGCCGCCGGCCCCGGGACGACGAUGCCAAGGUUGGCUUCGACAAGUGGCCCUUCAUGACUACCCAAACCUGGGGAGAGGACCCCCGCGGGACCUGGGUCCUGGAGGUGGGCUUCCAGGGAAACGAGCCACAGAGGGGGGUCCUGAAGGAGUGGACCCUCAUGCUGCACGGAACACAAAGUGCACCUUACAUAGACCAGAUAGUGCGUGACUACCAGUCCAAAUUAGCCAUGUCCAAAAAGGAGGAGUUGGAGGAAGAGCUGGACGAGGCGGUGGAAAGGAGCCUGAAGAGCCUGCUGAGUAAAAACUAGCUGACGUAGCUAACUAAACACCGUCUGGUCAGGUCAGCAUGCCGGGCCACUCUCUCUCUCUCUAUUUCUUUCUCUCACUCCCCCUCUCUCAUCUCUCCUAUCUUUCUCUCACUCCCCCUCUCUCAUAUCUUUCUCUCACUUUCCCUUUCUCUCACCAAAUAACUUUCUCUCCUCUCCCCCUCUCUUGCCCUCUCUCACACUUUCUCUCCUCCCUCCCUUUCUCUCCUCUCUCUCAUUGUCUUUCUCUCCUUCUCUCCCCUCCCACCCUUUUCUCUGCUUUUUGUUUUUCUGUGUUUAUAUUAGCCCUCCACUUUCGAUAGAUGUUUCUUGUAAUCCGAUUAUGAUAAAAGUGUAACCUUCAAAUAAUCUAUUCUAUAGAGAAAACUAAAAGAUCCCAUCUUGCUUUCUGUCUAUGUUUUUUACACUUUACUAAAAUGUAUAUAAACAGACUAUAUUCACUAUAUGGUGUUCUUGCUUUUACCCGCCCCUCCAUCUCUGGUAAAACAACUGUUGUACAGUUUGUGACUGUAAACGAUUUUCUGUGUCAUUCUUAAAGUUGAAUAUCUUGCAAUCAGAGCAGUGAUACUUCUUUCUGUUUAUAUUUUUGUGACAAGCAACUGUUUCUAUAUAAACAAGACAAGGAACGUGUGAUUAAUUUUGACGCCUGUGCACCUAAAAAAAGUAUACUAUAAUAAAUCUAUUCAGCUGUUUGUUAAA